UCCUUCAGCAGAAAGCGGCCAUACAAAGCCAUUUGUCCAGAGAACAGAACAGACUGUUUAGUUUCAAAUUCCACACUUGAUGACUCAUGAUUCCGGACGAUUUGAAAAUAAAGAAAGACCAAGAGAUGUAACUGCCAUCUCCAAGAUUUCAGUUACAAUGCUAGCAUCGGUGCUCAGCUUCUUCCUCCUCCUCUUCCUCAGCCCAAAUCUUGCUGAUGAUACAGUGGCAGAGGACAUUGGACCUUACCAGCUGGAGCGCCUGGUGGAGCUGCUGACAGCUCAUGAGUGUGAGGAGCUCAUCUCUGCCCUAUCUCAACCUGAGGAGAACAUCUUCCUUCACUUAGACCGACUAUCUGCAGAAAGGAACCAGUUACUGAAUUCAAGAAGACGCAGAAACACAGAGCAGGAGGCCCCCUGUCGCUCAUCGCUUAAGGACUGGCUGCAGAUUCAUGGCAAGCAGAUAUACUAUGACAGGCUGACUCGUGCACUGCAACAGAUCGGCAGGACUGACAUUGCCAUAGAGGUGGGUAAGAACAUCAACCAGGACAAAACUCUCGCUAUGCAGAGAUAUGUGGACGGCUACCAUAAACUUGUUAACCAAAUGGCCACUCACCUUGAGAAGCAUGCAUCAGAAGAUCAUGAAGACCAUGAGGAGGUGCUGCAUUACUCUGCAAAACAGGCCAAAGGGUUCACCUGGAAAGACGUGGACUUGGUGGUGAAAAGGCAACCAGUACCACCUUAUCAGCCCCAUCUGCUAGACAGAGCAUGGCCUCUACUUUACGGCAUCCUGCUUGGAUUUGCUGGCGCAGUACUCAUAACCAUGGCUGUCUUGCUUAUUAGCAUAUAUGUAUCCCAUGGCAACAGAACCAAAUCCAAGGCCAAGUAUCAACCCCGUCGCUGUCCCCUUCUCAGUGUUGUGACAUCAUCAGAGAUACGCCACACAGAGGACACACGCAGACCGAGUAACGGAUGUUCAGGAGACUAAUGAAGCCAUGUUCAUCAUUAUAAAACACAAUAUUAAAUGUGCCUUUGAUGGCUGAUCAAAGUGUCUGUUAUCUCAUCCAGUGUGCUAUUAAAACUACAGUUAGACAGUCGCACACGUCGACACCUUCAGUUCCCACUGCUUCUCAUAAAGACGUUUCCGCAAUAAAGCACCUGACAGAACAUAAUGACAGCAAUCUGUUACCUCCAUCGAGACCGCUGCCAUUGUCCUGUCAGUGUUUUGAUGGGAAUGUAGGGGAGGCUGCGCUGGAAUGCAGCCUGGCUGCUGUUGCCUUGACAAUCUUUGCACUUCCUGUUUCCAGUCAGCGACAGUGGCGGCGCGCUCAUCUGGCAUUGAGGAAAAACUAAUUAUCCAGCCUGGCUCUUUCUCCCCUGAGCUUGCACAUACCCCCUGAAGCAAUCCACAAGGCUAAUAACAAUGACAAUGCCUGCAGACAAUGCAGUCUGUACGUCAACCUCAGAGAGACAGGAUAGACUGGGCGAGGAUGGCCAUGAAAACACACAGGAGAGAGAGCUGAAAGGUUUGGAACUGAGUACAGAAGGAACUAAUUCAGCAAGAUGAGCAAUGCAGCAGGAAAUGAGCUCACGCGCAAGCAAAAUAUGUCUCGCACACACUGGCAUCGUCUCUCUUAUCAUUUAAGUGCUUCUCUUCUUCUAAAAAAUCUGUGCCCCCUCCUCACCCUUUUUCUUUCCUUUUAUUUCUUCUAUAAUUGAACUAAUUCCUUCAUUAUACAAAAUACAAAUCCAGACUAAUGUGCUCCAGGAACCACACAUCAUGGAUUAAUAGUGGUGCUAAGCAGCAAUUAUAGGCAAUUAGUUCAUAAAUCAACAUCUAAACAAAUUAUAGUGCAGGGGAGGGGGGAGUUGUAUGUUCAAAGCACAUACUGAACUAGGAGUUCCAUCAUUCAAGACCUGGCGGAUUCUUAGAUU